CAACGGCUGAGCCUGCGCUCUGGGCCGGCCGGCCGGCAUCGGCGGACUACAAAUCCCAGAAGGCCUCGCGCCUCGGGGGCGGGCAGCGGCUCACCUGCCCGCCGCGCUUCCCUCUGGUUCCUAUUGCUUUCCAACAGCAAUAGGUGUCCUUCAUACGGCUGAAGGCUGCCUCCUCCAGGGAGCAUUAGCAGUCUCGACACCGAAGUCCUCGCGCCCCUACUCUUUCUGCCUCAGUUCUGGCUAUGGCUGACUCCCUCACCGGAGUCGGGCAGCAGCGGCGGCGAGGGAGGGAAGCCCAUGCAAGCGACCCGAGCGCACUUCCGCCUUUGGGCUCCGGAAGGUAGAGCGCACGCGCUCGAUGCGACUCUGGAGCGACUCACUUCCGCUCCCACUGUGCCCUGCGAGCCGAAUCAUGGAUCACACUGACAAUGAAUUACAAGGCACUAAUAGUUCUGGAUCCUUGGGUGGUCUUGAUGUUCGCAGAAGAAUUCCUAUAAAACUCAUCUCCAAACAAGCCAACAAAGUUAAACCUGCACCUCGAACUCAAAGGAAUAUUAGCAGGAUGCCUGCAAAGGCCCCACCAGGUGAUGAAGGAUUUGAUUACAAUGAAGAACAGCGGUAUGACUGUAAAGGAGGCGAACUCUUUGGAAAUCAGCGAAGAUUUCCAGGACACCUUUUUUGGGAUUUUAAGAUAAACAUCUUAGGUGAAAAGGAUGAUACGCCAGUUCAUUUCUGUGACAAAUGUGGAUUGCCUAUUAAAGUCUAUGGAAGAAUGAUUCCAUGCAAGCAUGUCUUUUGCUAUGACUGUGCUAUUUUACAUGAAAAAAAAGGAGAUAAGAUGUGCCCAGGCUGUAGUGAUCCUGUGCAGCGGAUUGAGCAGUGUACACGAGGCUCUCUCUUCAUGUGUAGCAUUGUUCAAGGUUGCAAGAGAACAUAUCUGUCUCAGAGAGACUUACAAGCUCAUAUCAACCAUCGCCAUAUGAGAGCUGGAAAGCCAGUUACCCGUGCUUCACUUGAGAAUGUUCAUCCUCCUAUUGCCCCACCACCAACUGAAAUCCCCGAUCGUUUCAUAAUGCCACCAGACAAGCAUCAUCUAAGCCAUAUUCCUCCAAAGCAGCACAUCAUGAUGCCACCACCUCCUUUGCAGCAUGUGCCACAUGAGCACUAUAAUCAGCCACAUGAGGAUAUUCGUGCUCCUCCAGCAGAAUUGUCUAUGGCUCCACCUCCACCUCGUUCAGUCAGUCAGGAAACCUUUCGUAUUUCAACAAGAAAACACAGCAAUUUAAUAACUGUCCCUAUUCAGGAUGACUCAAGUUCAGGUGCUAGAGAACCACCACCUCCUGCCCCAGCACCAGCUCACCAUCAUCCUGAAUAUCAGGGCCAACCAGUGGUAUCGCACCCUCAUCAUAUUAUGCCUCCACAGCAACAUUAUGCACCACCCCCACCUCCUCCACCACCAAUAAGCCAUCCAAUGCCACAUCCUCCCCAGGCUGCAGGUACUCCUCACUUGGUGUAUAGCCAAGCUCCACCUCCACCAAUGACCUCUGCUCCACCACCAAUAACCCCUCCCCCUGGACAUAUUAUUGCCCAGAUGCCACCUUAUAUGAAUCAUCCUCCUCCAGGACCCCCCCCACCUCAGCAUGGUGGUCCUCCUGUAACUGCACCCCCUCCUCACCAUUACAAUCCUAACUCUUUACCCCAGUUUACUGAAGAUCAAGGAACUCUGAGCCCUCCAUUCACACAACCAGGAGGAAUGAGUCCUGGUAUAUGGCCUGCACCAAGAGGGCCGCCACCACCUCCACGAAUGCAGGGCCCGCCUUCUCAAACCCCACUACCUGGACCACAUCAUCCAGAUCAAACAAGAUACAGACCAUAUUACCAGUGA